UUCCUCAAAUUCUGGCUCGAAGACAGGUGCCGAGAGACCUUCCUUUCGAUUCUGCCGAAGAAAGAUCUGGCAAGUCUGCGACUGGCCUGUCAUGACUUUUCCGUUCGAACAGCGCCGGCGCUGUUUUCCAACAUGACAAUUACUUUCAAGACCAACACUUUCACCAAGCCUUCGAAAUUGGUCGAGCUUGACAGACUCGGCUUCUACGUGAAAACAUUACGAUUCAAUUUGCCACAUACACCAGGGACGAUUUUACCGCCUCUUAUUGAGCCCGAGACUGGCGCCGAGCUCAGCUUCACAUACACUCCCCAAGUGCAAGACUUCUCGAGCAGGAGGCCGAAAUAUGGAGACAUUGGAACGACUGAGAUACUUUCACGACAAUACCCAGCACUGUUCCAUGCGGCCACGAAUGUUCCUGCCUUCGUUCGGGCAUUCUCUUCCUUCGUCAAUCUGGAGCAUCUGAUUGUCAACUGUCCAGGCUACGAUGUCACGAACCGAUACAGCCGGACCAUUGUCGAUUAUGCCCUAAUCUCGCUCCGUAUCGCUGUCGAGAAGAACUCCUUGAAUGCUCUGGACAGUCUGACUCUUGCACAAAUCCACCCUGGAGGUCUGAUUUACCUUUCACCUUUGCUGGGCUUCGGUGCAUCGCCAAGGUCAGCAGCGCGUUGGUCUCGAAUCAAGCAUUUGAAAAUCAAUGCCAUCCGCUUGCCAGCUGCGGAAGGAGCAUCUCCAGAACCGAACCAGUCCAAACUCCUCCAGACUUAUCUACGUAAUUUCCAGUCUAAUCUAGAGAGCUUUCGUUUCCGUUGGAUCGGACAAAAGGGACCGUUGCCAACAAAGCGACCAGUAUCGAGGGCAGCCCCGGAGGGCCAACAUCCUGCCCUCGCUCAACAAGAUACGAGACCACGACCGCCACCAAGCUGUCGCAAGGCUGAGAAGCCGCUACACUUUCCCAGGCUGAAGAAGUUCAAGGUCGGAGGCAUCGCUACUCCAGCCAUCGACAUCAGCACGUUCAUCGCGGCUCACAAACCUACGAUUGAAGAGCUUGAUCUGGAAGACAUAGAGCUCAUUACGGGCACCUGGGAUGAUGCGCUCGCACCACUCCAGAGAAAGAGGAAGCCUAACCCUGCAAGGCGCGUUGAGGAUGAAAUUCCAAUCAUGCUAUCGCCGACAUUUGCCGCUUCACAUGUUCCGGUGGCUAUGGAACGUGUCGAGGCAGUGUCACAUGAUCUUGCACCGCACAGGAGUGUGCGAGUUUCAAAGUGGUUCGCGUCGAAAGGGAAGACGCCAACUGCCGCUAGGAAGUUGAGAGAAGGCCUUCAAGGGUGUGAAGAGCAGUUAAGGAAGGUCCUGAGAGGGAGUGCAUUUCCAGCUUGGCGAUGAGACAUGCUUAUCGACGACCUUACGAUGUCUGUUCAUUACUUGGUGUAGGCUCUACAUACGAGAUCUUGCAUGGAAUUAGUUUACGGCCAUG